AUGAAUUUCAAACGAUUGUUUACUUUAAAUAAUACUGUUUUGAAUAUUGAUCUUGAAAAUAAUUCUGGCAUAACCUUUGAUUCUUUGGAUGCUGACAAUAAUUCCAAUGAUAAUAACAAAGCACUUGACAAAGAUUUUAAUGAUGUUUUUGAUAGAAAUCUUAGCGAUAACGAGACUUUAAUGAUGGCCAUAUAUUACGCCUAUGCAAUAAAGCAUGGCUUCACAACAAGAUUAGAUCGUACUGAAAGAAUUUUAGGCUUUCUUACCAGAGCAGAAUUUGUUUGUCGUCAUGUUGGAGCUCCUAGUAACAAAGGCACUGGAUUACAAACAACAAAGAGUGUUGCAAUGG